UGGUCCAUCAAAUGAUUGAUUGAUUGAUUGUUGUUGUUUUUGAUUUCAAAUUCCAUAAUAUUUCUUCUUAAAAGCUUUAAUCAAUUUGUAAAAUCAAAUGAAACCUGCCAUUGAUUUACUACGUAAUGUCCUUCAAGGAAAUCGUACAGCAUUAGCACAAUCAAUAACAUUAUUAGAAUCAACAUCAACUAAUCGUCAAUUUUUAUUGAAUCGUUUAGAAUUUAUUCGUGAAUUAAAUAAUGUUCAUUAUGAACAAAAAAAACCUACGAUUAGAAUCGGUAUAUCUGGUUCACCUGGUGUUGGUAAAUCAACAUUUAUCGAAUCAUUUGGUAUGUUUUUAGCCGAAAAACUUAAUAAACGUAUUGCUGUAUUGGCUGUUGAUCCAUCUUCGGCUAUUCGUGGUGGUUCAAUUUUGGCGGAUAAAACUCGUAUGCCACGGCUAACUGCUCAUCCGAAUGCAUUUAUACGUCCAUCACCAUCAAGACUUCAUCUGGGUGGUGUUACACAAUCAACAGGUGAAACAAUCCUAUUAUGUGAAACAGCCGGUUAUGAUGUUAUACUAAUUGAAACUGUUGGCGUUGGUCAAUCAGAAUAUGAAGUUCAUCAUUUAUGUGAUACAUUUGUAUUGUUGGUUGCACCUGCAUCAGGUGAUGAAUUGCAAGGUAUCAAAAAAGGUAUUGUCGAAAUGGCCAAUAUAAUUUUGGUAACAAAAUAUGAUGGUGAUUUAAUAAUACCAGCACGUCGUAUGCGUGGUGAAAUACGUUCAGCAACAAAAUUUAUAAAUUAUCAAGAACGUCCAUCAGUUCUAUGUGUUUCAGCACGAACUGAACAUGGUAUUGAAGAUGCAUGGAAAGAAAUUGAUUCAAAAGUUAAUGGAAAUCUCCAAGCAAAAGAACAACGAAGACAAGAACAAAAAAUUGGUCUUUUACGUAUAUCAUUGAUAAAUGAAUUAUUUAGCCUAUUGAAUCGUACAUUAGAUAAUGAAAAUUAUGAACAACGUUUAAAAAAUAAUCCAAAAUUAUCAAUCUAUGAAUUAGUACAAGAAAUUAUUCAUCAAGAUUUAGCAACAGCUUUAAGUAAAAUUAAAUAUUAAAAAGAGAUAAUCAUU